UCCACCUGGGCCUGUAGCUCGUUCGCCCCGGCGGGGCCCGGUCGCCACUUCCGGCCGCUCACCUGGGACGCGGUCACUUGCCGCAGGGCGCCUGGGCAGCAGAAUGAAGGACCGGCUGGAGCAGCUGAAGGCUAAGCAGCUGACACAGGAUGAUGACUCCAGUGAGGUUGAGAUUGCCAUUGACAACACAGCUUUCAUGGACGAGUUCUUCUCUGAGAUUGAGGAAACUCGGCUCAACAUUGACAAGAUCUUGGAGCAUGUGGAGGAGGCUAAGAAACUCUACAGUAUCAUUCUGUCUGCGCCGAUUCCAGAGCCAAAAACCAAAGAUGACCUAGAGCAACUCACAAGUGAGAUCAAGAAAAGGGCCAACAACGUCCGGAACAAACUGAAGAGCAUGGAGAGGCAUAUUGAAGAAGAUGAGGUCCGCUCGUCAGCAGACCUCCGCAUUCGGAAAUCCCAGCACUCCGUCCUCUCCCGGAAGUUUGUGGAGGUGAUGACCAAAUACAAUGAGGCUCAGGUGGACUUCCGUGAACGCAGCAAAGGGCGAAUCCAGCGGCAGCUCGAAAUCACCGGCAAAAAGACCACAGAUGAGGAGCUGGAGGAGAUGUUGGAGAGUGGGAACCCUGCCAUCUUCACUUCCGGGAUCAUUGACUCCCAGAUUUCCAAGCAAGCCCUCAGUGAGAUCGAGGGACGGCACAAGGACAUCGUGAGGCUGGAGAGCAGCAUCAAGGAGCUUCAUGACAUGUUUAUGGACAUCGCCAUGCUGGUGGAGAACCAGGGUGAGAUGUUAGACAACAUAGAGUUGAAUGUCAUGCACACAGUGGACCAUGUGGAGAAGGCACGAGAUGAAACUAAAAGAGCCGUGAAAUACCAGGGUCAGGCCCGGAAGGGAGCCAUGAUUGACCGUAUUGAGAACAACAUGGACCAGUCAGUGGGUUUCGUGGAACGGGCCGUGGCCGAUACCAAAAAGGCCGUCAAGUAUCAGAGUGAAGCUCGGAGGAACCCGAUUUUCCUGCAGCCUGGUGUGGCCACCUUGUCUUCAGAUGGGAACGGAGUUUGAAUGGCCUUCCUGAGACAUACUGGGACCCAUUCCUUUGUUUCCUUGUAACCAUCCUUGGACCUGACCCAGCAAACCAUCUGGUCCUGGAGGAAUCUCAUCUACCUGAUACAACUUUGAGUUUUCCUCAAAACCUUCCCUGCCCACCAGUUCAGAAGUACCUUCUCUCCUGGAAUGUCUGAACCAACCCAGCUUCUCUUUCUUCCCUCUGAUGUGUCAAAUUUUGCCUCGCACCUUGGAAAGCCUAUCUGAGACCUCCCCAAGGUGCUGUAUUUUCUACCUCAUGGAGUAUUCUUCUCCCAGAAAUUGCAAUGUAUUUUUUUUAAGAGGGGGGCGGUUCUUUAACAAAGCAAAAGGAUUCUUCCAGGUUUGACCACAAUAAGGCUUGGACCUGAGUCUUCUCCCUGGCAGGAUCCCGGUCCUCACAGUUUAUUGUCCCCAAGUCCUGAAAAUAUGAGGGAUUGGCAGAUGUCAUUUUGGUCUGGGAAGCUGACUUGAUGUUCAGCCUUAAAUUAAGCUCUUAGUAUGUUCAGCUUCGUGGCCAACUUCGAUAUUUGUCUGUGCUGUAUUCUCUCGUGUUUACUUAAGGAGGUGCCAGCAUGAUACAGUCACCUGAGGUUACCAUUUGUGAAGGUGGAGCGUAUGGAAUAUUUGUCUUCAUGGCUGAGUCUUGGAAACUCGUUGCUCACUGUUAGAGUGAUGCUUUAGGAAGCAAUUGCUUUGAGGCCAGAAAUAACCAAGUACUUAAAGUCGGGCCGGGGACAAGGUGCUUGAGUCUCAGGCACUGGAAUUGUUUCAGACUGGUGCGAGCAUUCACCCAUUUCAUGUGUUCCAGAUGAGUUUUUAUAAUUGUGUGUGAGAUAUAUGUACAUAUAUAUGUGUGUCUCUCAUGAAGUACGAAUCUAGAAGUGGAGGAUAUUACAACCUCAGAAAAAUAACCUUGAGCUAGGCUAAAACUUAAGUGAGAGACAUUUGCUUACCUGCAAAUGAAUCAUAGAAAUAUGAUCUUCCCAUGUCAUCGAGAAACCUGCCGUUUCGGGAUGAGUACUGGGAGAAUCAUAGAUCUUUUGGGUGAGGAUAAGUUGAUCUCCAUUAAGUAUUUCUGCUUAGCAGACAGGCGUGACAAGCUUUGACCUCCCUCCCCCAUCUCCCCUGCUGCCUUGGCUAGGUUUGUCCUGAGACCAUCCCACUGGCAAUUUGAUACAAUUUGUGUGAUCUUUGGAAUGCCAUCUCCAGGGCUGAGUCAGCUGGGGGACACCAGGGACUAGAAUAGCUCUCUCUUCUACUAGGUUAAUGAGCUUGACAGGUUCUUUGUCUCCCCCAAUUCUUGUCAUGGAGGAAGUAAUGGCUGAUCAACUUCCAAGUGCAGGACUGUGCUGAUCGGGUGGUGAGCCUCUCCGAUUCCCUGCCCGUCUCUGCCAGUCUGCCUGAUUUUUCUUUCAGCCUUUGGUUUUCCCGCUUUUUAGGAUAGGGUGAGCACCCUAGUCCAGGCACUGCCCAUUGGCUUCCUGCGCAAAGGCUACUUACUCCAGUCAUUGCCACACUCCGACGGAGCCUAGGCGAGGCCCUCUUGCCCACGGCUGUGAAGUUGACAGUGGACUGACUCCAGCCGUAAGGCCAGACAAGCUCUAAUCAUAGGCUUUUGCUCUCCUGAGAUUGAGGCCUGGGGCUUAUAGUUUGGAAUACAAGUGAAGGGUUUUGUUGUUGUUGUUGUUUGUAUUUUUUUAAUGUAAACUUGAUUAUUUUAUUGCUAUUUAAAAAAUAAAUGACUUUAUAUUGAUUGUGAAACA